AUGACUGUCUACUCGUUCUAUAUCUUUGACCGCCACGCGGAAUGUAUCUACAAACGCCGCUGGCUGCCGCGCCCGGCGUCGAUCGUGGGGAAAUCAUCACGCAACGAGAGCCCAGCUCAGUCUGGCCCCGCAGGAACUGGCCAGACGAUGCGCGCUACGGACGAUGACUCGAAAUUGGUGUUUGGUACGGUGUUUUCGCUGCGGAAUAUGGUCCGCAAGUUGGGUGGUGAUGAGGACAACUUCGUGUCCUUCAACACCAGUCAAUAUAAGCUGCACUACUACGAGACGCCGACCAAUAUCAAGUUCGUGAUGUUGACGGAUACUAAGAGCCCCAGCAUGCGCAUUGCUCUACAACAGAUCUACAUCAACCUCUACGUGGAAUACGUUGUCAAGAACCCCUUAUCUCCCGCUGAACACCCGGGCGGCGUAGGCGUCAACAACGAGCUCUUCGAGGAGUCACUAGAGCAGUUCGUGCAGACCCGUGUUCUAUCUUGA